AUGACUAUGCCCACAUCUUUCACCUACAAAUUCCAACAACCAACAGAUGAUCUAAUUCAUAGCUCAGAGGUUCCCAGUGGUCAGCCUACCCAGCAGCAUCAAGCACACCUGGACUCCAUAUUUAUGCGGCUGGAGGUCAACAUCAUCACUUUUGUGAGGAACGAGCUGCAGAAGAUCCAGAAGGUUCUGAGUCCAGAUUACCCAGAAUGCUUAGAGAGUAAGAGGGAGGAUGAUGAGCAGAGGAGCAGCAGAGAGGCAUUUGUGAAGAUCACAGUGGACUUCCUGAGGAGAAUGAAGCAGGAGGACCUGGCUGACCGUCUUCAGAAAAAAAGCCUUGCUGAAGUUUGUCAUCGUAAACUUAAAUCUGAGCUGAAGAAGAAGUUCGAGUGUGUGUUUGAGGGGAUCGCUAAAGCAGGAAACCCAACCCUUCUGAAUCAGAUCUACGCAGAGCUCUACAUCACAGAGGGAGGGACUGCAGAGGUCAAUGGUGAACAUGAGGUCAGACAGAUUGAAAAAGCAUCCAGGAAACCAGACAGACCAGAAACAACCAUCAGACAGGAAGACUUCUUUAAAGCCUCACUUGAAAAAGAUGAACCAAUCAGAACAGUGCUGACAAAGGGAGUGGCUGGCAUUGGGAAAACAGUCUUAACACAGAAAUACACCCUCGAUUGGGCUGAAGACAAAGCCAACAAGGACAUCCGGUUUAUAUUUCCAUUAACUUUCAGAGAGCUGAAUGCGCUGAAAGAGGAAACGUUCAGCUUGGUGGAACUUGUUCAUCACUUCUUUACUGAAACCAAAGAAGCAGAAAUCUGCAGAUUUGAAGACUUCCAGGUUGUGUUCAUCUUUGAUGGUCUGGAUGAGUGUCGACUUCCUCUGGACUUUCACAAAACUAUAAUCUUGACUGACCCUAGAAAGUCCAGCUCAGUGGAUGUGCUGCUGAUAAAUCUCAUCAGGGGGAAACUGCUUCCAUCUGCUCACCUCUGGAUAACCACACGACCUGCAGCAGUCAAUCAGAUCCCUCCACAGUGUGUUGACAUUGUGACUGAGGUCAGAGGGUUCACUGACCCACAGAAGGAGGAGUACUUCAGGAAGAGAUUCAGAGAUGAGGAGCAGGCCAGCAGGAUCAUCUCCCACAUCAAGACAUCACGAAGCCUCCACAUCAUGUGUCACAUCCCAGUCUUCUGCUGGAUCACUGCUACAGUUCUGGAGGAUGUGCUGAAAACCAGAGAGGAAGGACAGCUGCCCAAGACCCUGACUGAGAUGUACAUCCACUUCUUGGUGGUUCAGGCCAAAGUGAAGAAGGUCAAGUAUGAUGGAGGGGCUGAGAGAGAUUCACACUGGAGUCCAGAGAGCAGGAAGAUGAUUGAGUCUCUGGGGAAACUUGCUUUUGAUCAGCUGCAUAAAGGAAACCUGAUCUUCUAUGAAUCUGACCUGACAGACUAUGGCAUCGAUAUCAGAGCAACCUCAUUAUACUCAGGAAUGUUCACACAGAUCUUUAAAGAGGAGAAAGGACUGUACCAGGACAAGGUGUACUGCUUCAUCCAUCUCAGUGUUCAGGAGUUUCUGGCUGCUCUUCAUGUCCAGCUGACCUUCAUCAACUCUGGCAUCAAUCUGCUGGAAGAACAACAAACAACCUCCAAGAAGUCUAAUUUAUUUGGAAAAAAAAGAAAUUUUAAAUCUUUCUACCGGAGUGCUGUGGACAAGGCCUUACAGAGCCAACAUGGACAGCUGGACUUGUUCCUCCGCUUCCUCCUGGGUCUUUGUCUUAAGACCAAUCAGACUCUCCUACGGGGCCUGUUGCCAAAGACAGGAAGUAACUCACGGACCAAUCAGAAAACACUCCUGUACAUCAAGAAGAAGCUCAGCGAGAACCUGAGUGCAGAUAAGAGUAUCAAUCUGCUCCACUGUCUGAAUGAACUGAAUGAUCGUUCUCUAGUGGAGGAGAUCCAACAGUCCCUGAGAUCAGGAAGUCUCUCCACAGAUGAACUGUCUCCUGCUCAGUGGUCAGCUCUGGUCUUCAUCUUACUGUCAUCAGAAAAAGAUCUGGAUGUGUUUGACCUGAAGAAAUACUCUGCUUCAGAGGAGGCUCUUCUGAGGCUGCUGCCAGUGGUCAAAGCCUCCAACAAAGCUCUGUUUAGUGAAUGUUUCCUCUCAGAGAGAAUCUGUGAAGCUCUGUCCUCAGUCCUCAGCUCCCAGUCGUCUAGUUUGAGAGAGCUGGAUGCAAGCAACAACAACCUGCAGGAUUCAGGGGUGAAGCUUCUGUCUGUUGGACUGCAGAGUCCACACUGUACACUGGAAACUCUGAGACUGAGUGCCUGUAACCUCUCAGAGAGAAGCUGUGAAGCUCUGUCCUCAGUCCUCAGCUCCCAGUCGUCUAGUUUGAGAGAGCUGGAUGCAAACAACAACAACCUGCAGGAUUCAGGAGUGAUGCUUCUUUCUGUUGGACUGCAGAGUCCACAUUGUACACUGGAAACUUUGAGGGUGGAGCCUGCUGGAGUCCGAUGGUUGAGACCUGGUCUGAGGAAGUAUUUCUGUCAACUCACAAUCGACACAAACACAGUACACACAAACCUCAAACUGUCUGACAACAACAGGAAGGUGACACAUGCUGAGGAGGUUCAAUCAUAUCCUGAUCAUCCAGACAGAUUUGAUGUUUAUGAACAGCUGCUGUGUAGAGAUGGUCUGACUGGUCGCUCUUACUGGGAGGUCGAGUGGACAGGAGACGUUGAGAUAUCAGUGAGUUCCAGAAAAAUCAGAAGGAAAGGAGACAGUACUGACUGUUUGUUUGGAUGGAAUGAUCAGUCCUGGAGUCUCAUCUGCUCUGAUGAUCGUCCUCGUUCUGUCAGGCAAAAUAAGACAGAAAAAUCCAUCACCUCCUCGUCCUACUUUGUCUCUAACAGAGUAGCGGUGUAUGUGGACUGUCCUGCUGGCACUCUGUCCUUCUACAGAGUCUCCUCUGACACUCUGAUCCACCUCCACACCUUCAACACCACAUUCACUCAAACUCUCUAUCCUGGGUUUUGGUUCAGAUCUCCUGGUUCGUCAGUGUGUCUGUGAUGAGAUCCCUGCUGUCCCCCACCUGCCCUGUAGGUGGCAUCAAUGUGUUCCCACUGUCAAGAAAACAAAGAAAAAACAACAACAACAAACAGAAUGAAAUGAAUGAAAUCACUUCAAUCUGAUGUUUAAUGAAAACAGUUCAAAGUCAGCAGAUCAAAUGUUCAAACCGGAAAUUUCUCUGAUUGUUGAAAAGUUAUUUUUUUGAUUUUUGAUGCUAGCAACAUGUUUCAGAUAUUUGGUUCAGGGCUAACAAAAGGCUGCAUCCUCAUUGGCCGACCUGCCCAUGAACCCUUACUAUAACCCAGACACUACCAUAUGCAUGUUUGGAUAUUAACCCAC